AUGGCUGCACCGCAAAAACCUGAGACCUUCAUGCUGAGCACGGAGGCUCAGCAGGCGCUUCCUCACGAUGCGCAAGUUGCCCUCCAGCAGGUUGACAACCUUAAAUACUUUCUCAUCUCCGCCCCCGUCGACUGGCAACAAGAUCAGUAUAUCCGCCGUUUUCUGCUCCCUACCGGCGAAUACGUCUCUUGCGUUCUCUGGAACACGCUCUUCCACAUCUCUGGUACCGACAUUGUCCGCUGCCUGUCCUUCAGAUUCCAGGCCUUCGGCCGUCCUGUAAAGAACUCCAAGAAGUUUGAAGAGGGCAUCUUUUCCGACCUCCGAAACCUCAAGUCUGGCACCGAUGCCUCCCUCGAAGAACCCAAGAGCCAGUUCCUGGAUUUUCUCUACAAGAAUAACUGUAUCCGCACCCAAAAGAAGCAAAAAGUCUUUUAUUGGUACAGCGUUCCCCAUGAUCGCCUCUUCCUCGAUGCUCUCGAGCGCGAUCUCAAGAGAGAGAAGAUGGGCCAGGAAGCUACCACCGUCGCUGUCAGCGAGCCUGCACUCUCCUUCCAGUACGACUCGUCACAAUCGCUCUACGAGCAAUUGACCAAGACGCAGCAAGUCAACUCGUCUUCCUUCAAUGCCCAGCAAUCUGCUUUCACUCAAGGCCAAUCUGCUUCCCCCAUUAUCAAGGCCAUGGACGCCAUGCCUCCCCCCAACAUGAUGCCCCAGAACAUGGGUCACAUGCCCGAUAACAUGGACCCAAUGGGCGCCUACGACACCGUCACCAUGGCACCAGUUGCUCCUCCUCAGGUUGCUGCUGUCAAGCGCGAACCCGACUUCACUCGAGUCCAGUACAACCAAAAUGGCAUUCCCGUCCAUGGCCACCAGCGCCAUGCCUCCAUGCCCGCUUACGGCCUUGAGUACUCUCCUGCCCCCUCUUUCGUCUCCUCUCAGUACGAUGAAUAUGGCAACCGCGGCCUGUCCUUUGAACCCAUCACCCCUCCUCAGCAGGCUCUUGGGGUCUCUGCUGAGCCCGCUUACAUUGCCAAUGAGGAAACUGGCCUCUACCCGGCCAUCCCGGACCACCUUUCCGGUAUGAACGGCCUGAACGGCAUGGUUCAGCUCCCCCCCUCGACCAUGGCUGGUCAUCAGUUCAACCGCUCGUAUGGGAGCAACAACGUCUACUCUGUGAUUGAAGGUUCACCAACCUACAAGCAAAGGAGACGACGCUCCUCGAUCCCCCCUGGCAUGUCGGCCAUUGCCGCUCCUCCUUCCUCGAACCCCAACGUCCCUCACAGACCUUCCGAUCUUCGCCGCUCUGUCUCCGUCUCCGUUGGUGCCGUUGCCGAGGGCGACGAGUCCGAAGACAACUCUCCUCCCGGCCUCUCCUUUAGCAACGGCAUGUCGAUGACCAAGCAAAAACCUCUUGACGAUAUGUCGAGACACGGUACACCUCUCUCAACUGUCGAAUCAAACUCUGGCCUUAAUCCUCUUGCCCUUCAGCAAAGCUUUGGAAGUGAUGACAUGUCUGGAAAUGGCUCCUUCCACGAGCAUCGCAGAACUAUUUCUGGCCCUGCCGGCGCCAUUCGCCGCGCGCGCUCCGCCACGGUCAUGGAACUUGGUCCAUACCCUCACAAGUCACAUUCAUGCCCGAUUCCCACCUGCGGUCGCCUUUUCAAGCGUUUAGAGCACCUCAAGCGACAUGUCCGCACACACACGCAAGAGAAGCCUUAUGUCUGCCCCCAGUGCAACAAGGCCUUCUCUCGCUCAGACAACCUCGCGCAACACAAGCGCACUCACAGCCGCGAAGAUGGCGCCGAGGGCUCUCUGAACCUCUCUGCUGAAGAAGAGGAAGAAUACUCUGGUGAGGAGCCUCUGGGCUCUCUUGAGGAGGCUUCUCCCUCAUCAGAGAUGGCUUACAUCACGGGUUCUCUGAGCAGCGAUGUCAACCAAAGCGGCAUGGCUCCUCCCUCAAGCAUGCCUAGCACGCAGUACAGCAACAGCCUAGACGCGCUAAGGCUACCGAUGACGAUUAGCCAACCAUCGAUUAUUUAA